CCUCUAAUGUAUAACACGGUCACACUGUUUGGAAUGUUUAUUUUUAGCCGUCAAAGUUUGUCCCGUACCAGAAAAGUGCGACUUUAUAAAUCAUUUCGUAAUGAAGGGAAUGAUUAUUGUUCCCAUGGACAUAGAUCCUGGCUUCCGCAAGGCAACCAUCCACAAUUUACCCACCCUCAACAGCGGAAUGGUGUAUAACUUUUGCCUGGCAGCAUCCUCCGAAAAGUCACAAAAUAUAUCGACGGAUAAAAAUGAUCUCUUAGCAGAUUAUGUGCAAUUGCGACAGAAGGGCAGCAUCUGCGAACUGAAGGCCAUGGUAUUCUCCGCAUCCGAGUUUGCCGAUACGGACACACAUGCCAAUGUCGCCAUCAAAGUUCUCGAAAACCCGCGGGCCAUUGCCGAGGGCCAAUGCAGUCGGUGCCCCGAUUCUGAAGUGUGUCCACAUAUUGUGGCCUUCACAUUUUGGCUACUGCACAAGAGUACGGAGCGACAACCCUCUGCUGUGGUUGAAUUUUGGGGGCACGAACUGGAAUUGCUAGUGCAGACGGAGCCCACACGGGCCAUUCAAAUAUGUGAUAUGAUUCCAAAGGAUGAAGUCCGACUGCAGAGUGACGCGAGCUCUCAAAAAAUGAACGACAGCGAUGGUCAGGCCUUCCUCUCGACUGUGCUGGAGGAAAUAGCUAUUUGUGGACGUGGAUCGGCUCUGUACCGGCAGUGUGUGGAGACCAGUGAUGAGUUUGAGACACUCUUUGUGCAUCAUGUGCUGUUGAGGGCAAACGAGUACAACAUACACGAUGUCCAGGGCUUUGCGCAGCACAUGGAGCAGCAGGCGCAGAUCGGUCUCAUUGAGAGCCUCAAUGAUGUGAGCAGGAACCAGUACAAGUCGAGGCUGUGGGUGGAAACGCAGUACAUGCGCAUACGCUGCUCCAUGAUAAACCUUUUGGCUACUCGCAAAACGGCCGAGGAUGAUGAGCAGAUAUUCAACAUGAUGUUCUGCAAGGGUCGCGACACGAACACCGAUGCCCGUAUGCAGCUGAAGCAGCACAAGCGAUUCAUUCUUAAGCAGACGGAAAAACUGGAAAAUAAAGAGUACGUCGAAUGCGGACUGAUGCUGCACGAGAGCUAUCCGUUUUUGUGCGCUACACCAGAUGGAAUCACAGACGAUCACAUUGUUGAGAUCAAAGCACCAAAGUCCGAGGAGGACUUUCAAAGGUAUCUCGAGGCCGGCGAAUCGAUAGCACCCAAAUAUAUGGCUCAAAUACAGAUACAAAUGUUUGUGGCAAAUGUCAGCAAGGCGCUCUACUGCGUCCUCAGUCCCAUAUUCGAGACGAACGGGGCCCUGCACUAUGUCUGGGUGGAAGCCGAUCCGGAAUUUGUGGCCAGUCUGAUCACCAUGGCCGACGACUUUUGGAGGGACAUUGUCUUUCCGCGCCUUCUCAACACCUAUCCCCAGAUAACAUAUUCCCAUUAGGGAAUACCCCUAUCCAGGAGUAGGAGUAAAGAGUCUGAUCCCCCGACUAGUCAAUAAAUGAAAAAUGUGUAAUCUUA